ACUUUGCAAGAACUUAGCUAGAUUAGAACUUAGAAGUUACAACACCCACCACCACCAUGAACGGUGAAAUCUUCUUACACACGGCCACAACCACCACCACCACCGCCACAUUUCUUCCAGUUCACCAUGCACCCGAAUCGCACGACCCAUCAUGCUUCCCAUUUCAGCCUCCUCGUGCCUCAAGCAACGAAACGACCCUCGAAGGAAUCGCAGCGGUCGUCGGAGAACGCGUCCUCUACGGACCCAAUCACCGUCAACCGGUGACCUCUUCGGGUUCGGAGGCGGGUACGCCGAAGAAGAAGGCGGCGGAGAAGAAGACCGGCGCGAGCACGAGCUACAGAGGAGUGAGGAAGAGGCCCUGGGGGAGGUGGUCGGCGGAGAUACGCGACCGGAUCGGCCGGUGCCGCCACUGGCUGGGUACGUUCGACACGGCUGAGGAGGCGGCGCGUGCUUACGACGCGGCCGCGAGGCGCCUGAGAGGCUCCAAGGCUCGGACCAACUUCAAAAUACCUUCGGUUUUGCCGCUGCUUUCGCCGCCGCAACCGAACUCGGAGAUGAAUCCGGUCACCGGAGUUACUGGUAAGCCGAAAACUACGCGCAAGGGAAAUAAGAAGUGCUCUGUGGAUGUGGUUACUUCGGUGGAACAAUUGUUCAGUGGGGUCCCUGCAGUUCGAAGAGGAAGAGAAAUUCAUGUUCAUAACAGCAAUGUGGAGGUGAAGUUGAAGCUUGGUGGUGCUGGUAGAAACAGUACUAGAAUGGUGAUGUAGGUUAAAUUGUACAUAUAAACAUGUAGGUUGCUCUUCAUGUUCUGAGUUUCUUUUUGUGUGGGACUGUGGUGUUUUAUAUAUGGUGGUUUAUUUGGGUAUGAAUCUCUGCAAUGAAUGGAACAUUUAACCAUGGAAAUAUAUUAUAU